AUGUCUCCGGUCUCGUCGCCAAGCUCGGAGCGCACCGCUGCAAAAAACUACCAUUGCAUGCUCGUGUUGGCCAGCUGCGGCUUCGUCGCUGCCCUCAGCUUCCUUGUCAUCUUCAUUUCGAGCUUGCAUGAGCGCGUUGAGAGCCACCUUCCGCUAUGCAACACGGAGGACUGCCGUGCGCAUGCCUCGCUGCUCACUAAGACUCUCAACUGGACCGUGGACCCCUGCGAGGACUUUCAUGGAUUCGUUUGCUCGGCGGCGCGUUCAUCCUCUGACCGCUUGAUGUUCAGUGGAGUCAUGGACGAACUGCGGCUGUCAUGGUUGAGGCAACUCCCGGACAUUCUUAACGGUGGCACACUUCAUAUUCCCGUCGCAAUGAAGGCGCUCGCCAUGUACAGCAGAUGCGUGGACAAAUACCCGUCGGACCAGCCUGAUUUGUCGAUUUUCCUCGAUUUCAUCAGGGAACAAGGUUUGGACUGGCCUAAACUGACGCGAGAACUAGAACCACCGCUACAAUUCGCCCUCAAGCUUGCCUAUUCGUGGCAAUCCCCGUUUUGGAUGUCGGUGAGUGUGCUUGAGGCCCCGGAUCAAUCUUCACCAGCUGCAAGGCUCAGGUUCCAGAUUCGGCCGAGCAUGCUCGUUCCUACACUGCUCCACCACCAUCGGAUAGCGAGACACGCUUACAUUAAGUACUGGGAACUCUUUAUUUAUGAUUUGUAUCCGGACAGCAGCACGAGACCGGACACCAACAAAACUCAUGUGAACGAGAUCAGAGUCAUGGAGGAACAAAUACUCGAAACCUUGAACUCGCUGUUUAACUCAGGCUCACCGAAGCCGGCGGUGUUUUCCUUCGGCAAUAUCUCGGCCUACGUUCCAAACGCCACCGCUUUUGAAUGGCUUCAGAGCUUCCAGGGAUCCAUCGCGCUGUCACGACAGCUAAGAUACGAUGAUGAGAUCGUCGUCAGCGAUGUCCGCCUCCUCCGCACCGUCAGCGAGCUUAUCCAAAAGUACGACGUGGGGCAGCUGAACAUGCAUCUGACUUGGCUACUCGUGCAGUACUACGCUCCCGUGUCAGAUUAUCGCAUUCUCGUUGCCCACUACGGCAGCACGCAGAAAGCCAUGGCUUACUUGCCUGUGUUCUGUGGCAAGCAGGUAGAAGCAUCGUACAAGAUUCUUCUUGCUGCGCUCGACUUCAUCUUCCGGUUCCAGGCGCGAGACAUCAAGACCGUGAACGAGGGCUUUGACGACGUGGUCUCGACGGCUGUGGAAAAGGUCAACGCUUCAGAAUGGAUGGACGAUGAGAGUAAGGCGCGAUUAACCGAGAAGAUCUUCGCUGUGAAGAGAUCAUUGUGGCCUCCGAACGCCGUUGUGAAUGCUGACCUGUUGGAGAAGCUGUACGGCGAGUUCACCGAAAAUGCCCCGAGUUUCGCCGCCCUGUGGAUGGAAACGAGAAAGAGUGCAAGCAUAAUAAUGAUGACUGGUCAAUAUGAAGAAGUGAUGAGGUUGCCUUGGAACAGUCUUCCAGGCUAUGUUAACUACGAUUACGUCUCCAACACCAUGGAAAUGGCAACUGCCACCAUCGCAGCACCCGUGUACUAUACGAAAGGGGCGAAGGCCAUGCUGUACGGUGGUCUCCUGUUCCUCAUGGCAACUCACUUGGUCCGUGCAUUCGACAGAGAAGGCGUAAGGUGGACGCCCAACGGAUCCGAAGUCGAAAGCAUCUUGUCCAAUGCAACGCUGUUUGAAUAUCACGACAGGGAACGAUGCUUCGACGGUGCUGUAGAGCACAGCCUGUUCCCGGAAGUGCCUGCUUUUGAGAUAGCAUACACCGCCAUGAAGCAGUCCCACGUUCGAGACAAUAGCACGCCGCUGGCGCUGCGGGAUGACCUCUCGGAAGACAAGGUCUUCUUUAUGACGCUGUGUUACAUUUCUUGCAGCAGUUCUGGUGACAAGCACUCCCGUAAUUUCGACUGUAACAAGGUGGCGAGGAAUUCCAAAGCUUUUGCUGAAGGUUUCCAGUGCCCUGCAGGAUCCAGGAUGAACCCCGACAAGAAAUGCCAUUUUUUCACCGGAUGA